AAAGGCCUAAGAAGAAGAAGAGAUAAAAAAUGCAAACCAAAAACCAAAAACCCACCAAAGUUACCAAGAGGGGAAGCAAAAAAAAGAUGUGUGCAGCUAAAAUGGGGUCUUGAGUUAUAGGUACCAUCGGAAAAUUAAGCUAAAGGGGUUUGGCGUUUCUGGGUUUUCUUUUGUUGCGCGCUAAAAUGGAUUUCUACAUUUAUUUUCAAAAGUGUGUUCUCAACUCUCUGAUUUGGUUAUCCCAUCAUUAUUUGUCUGAUUUUUAGCCUCUUUCUUUGUUUUCUAUUGGGACAAAACCAUAUCCUCUUCCCUUUUUUUUUUUUCUUUUCCCCUUACUUGCUUCUUGGAAACUGGAGUGUUUUGGGUUGUUGGUACUGUUUCUGUUCUUGAUUUUUCUCCUAGAUGAAGGCCAUGCCCUUUCCCUUUGAGGAGUUUCAAGGAAAGGGGGUUUUAGAUUUCUCUUCUUCGUCUUCGUCUUGCUCAGAUUCGUCUUUAUUGCCACUGCAACAGCAACAAGAACAACUCUACAAGUGGCUGAGCAAGGGCGGUGAGCCCACAUCUGUUUUAGACCUGGGGAAAAGUCCGAGUCCCCCAACGUCUUCCUCAACACUGUCUUCCUCUCGCGGCGGCAGCAGUGGUGGAGGCAGCGGUGCCUCCACGUCCACUACCGGCACGGCCACGGUUGUCUCCGGCAACCAUCCCGUAGACAUCGGGAGGGAAAAAUGUGGUAUGGGAAUGGAGGAUUGGGAAGGUGUGUUCUCUGGGUCUCCUAGUCAAGAACAGUCCAUUUUGAGGCUAAUUAUGGGUGAUGUUGAGGACCCUUCUAUGGGUUUGAGCAAGAUUUUGCAGCCGGGUAUGGGUUCUCAAGAAGUGGAGUUCAAUGCAGGUUUUGGCAUGGUGGAUCAAGGUUUUUCGUUUGAAUCCUUCAGCAGCAGUGGCAAUUUGGUGGGCAGUGUUGAGCCAUCUCUCUCCGGUAGUUUCUCCGAUUUCGCGAGGAUGGGGUCGGUUGCAAACCCAAUAAAUCCCAUACCUGCAUCUUCUCCGGGCAAUCUUUUGCCUGCUUCACUACCACCGGGUGGCGGCUUUCAACAACAGCAGCAGCUCCCGCAUGACGCUUUGGAUGAGAAGCCACAAAUUUUUAAUCCCCAGCUGAUAAUUAACCCGAAUCAAGCUCAAUUCACUCAGAAUCCAGCCAUGUUCCUGCCAAUGCCAUAUGCACAGUUGCAAGAGCAUCAUCUUUUAUCACCACCGCCUCCUAAGAGGCUCAAUUCUGGUUCAGGUGGAUCAAAUUAUCAGGUGCCAAAGGUUCCGUUUUUGGGUUCUGAUCAGCAGGAGCUGUAUCUCAGGCGACAGCAGCAGCAGCAGCAGCAGCUCCAAAUGCUUCAACAGAGGCCAACAACAAUGGGGAUGCCAACGGCAAAACCAAAAAUGGUUAGUGAUGAAUUCGCAAGCCAGCAACUUCAGCGGGCAAUAAUUGACCAGGUUUUCAAGGCCGCAGAGCUGAUCGAAACCGGGAAUCCGGUACUUGCGCAAGUGAUAUUGGCGCGGCUCAAUCACCAGCUCUCUUCAGUAGGUAACCCUUUUCAAAGGGCUGCUUUCUACUUCAAGGAGGCCUUGCAGUUACUACUUCACAUGGAUGCUUCCACCGCCUCUGCUGCUUUCUCCUCUUAUAGCAUGAUUCUCAAAAUUGGUGCAUAUAAAUCAUUCUCUGAAAUUUCCCCCAUAGUUCAGUUUGCAAAUUUUACUUGCAAUCAAGCGCUUCUGGAGGCAUUUGAAGGGUUUGAUAGAAUUCACAUUAUAGAUUUUGAUAUUGGAUAUGGAGGGCAAUGGGCAUCUUUGAUGCAAGAACUUGCGUUGAGGAAUGGUGGUGCUCCUUCUUUGAAAAUCACAGCUUUUGCUUCUCCAGCCACACACGAGGAGUUCGAGCUUGGUUUCACACAGGAAAAUCUCAAACAUUUUGCUAGUGAAAUCAACAUGUUGUUUGAUAUUGAAAUUGUAAGGCUUGAGUCUUUGAAUCCUGCAUCAUGGCGAUUGAAUCUCCAGGCCCCAGAAAGUGAAGCAAUCGCGGUGAAUCUUCCAAUCAGUUCAUUCUCCAAUUAUCCAUCAACACUUCCUUUGGUCCUUCGCUUUGUAAAGCAAUUGUCUCCCAAGAUUGUUGUGUCUUUGGACCGAGGUUGUGACAGAGCUGAUGUCCCAUUUGCACAUCAUGUAAUUCAUGCUCUUCAGUCCUACUCAGAUCUCAUAGAAUCCCUUGAUGCUGUGAAUAUGAACAUUGAUGCCUUGCAAAAGAUAGAGAGGUUCUUGCUCCAGCCAAGCAUUGAAAAGAUUGUGUUGGGACGUCAUAGGUUUCUCCAAAGAACAGCUCCAUGGAGGAAUGUAUUUAUGCAAUCUGGAUUCUCACCAUUGGCAUUCAGUAACUUCACAGAGUCUCAAGCUGAUUGUUUGGUGCAGAGGACUCCAGUUAGGGGUUUCCAUGUUGAGAAAAGGCAGUCUUCGCUUGUUCUUUGCUGGCAAAGUAGAGAACUCAUCGCUGCUUCAGCAUGGAGGUGCUGAAGAGACAAAGGUUCUACACCAGUGAAGGUGCCUGAUUACUUACUACCUUAGUUUCAGAUCCUUUGAAUUUUUGUUGCCGGUGCAUCUCUUAAGCUAAUUGUCUAUGUAGCCUUUAUCAUUUCUAGUCAAGAAACAAAACAUUUAGUAAUUGGGUGGUUUUUGUUUUGUACACUUCCAUUUUCAUCUGGAUGUGGGUAUAACUUGUAUGCUUCCUUUUUCCCAACUAAGGUGUUAAUUAUGUGUUGUACACUUACCAACAAUGCAAAAACAAAAGUAAAGGGAAGAAGACUCAAAAUUAGGAUAUCAUGUCAUGACCCCGAUUCUUGUAUGAAAAAAUUUUAACAAGUCUU